CCGCCCGCUCCCAGCCCGGCCGGCGGCGGAGCUGCGGCCUUGUUUGCCUGGCGGUUCCCAUGGGAACCGGCCCGAGAGGCGCCCGCCGGGCUGGGCCGUGCGGGGAGGCGGGGCCGCUAGCCGAACCCGGAAGGCCCCUGCUAGGUCAGGCCUUGCGCCGGCGAGAUGCCCGGGCAGGCAGAGCUCGAUGUUUUGCUCCAAAAGGCCACUCGGCGGAGACUGGCGAAGUUUGACGAGCUGAGAGGUAAAGUCACACAAACUGGAGAAUUCUGGGAUGUUGUUGUAAUUACAGCAGCUGACAAAAAACAGGAAUUGGCUUACCAGCAACAGCUAUCAGAAAAGUUGAAAAGAAAGGAACUCCCUCUUGGAGUUCAUUACCAUGUUUUUGUGGAUCCUCCUGGACCAAAAAUUGGAAAUGGUGGAUCAACUCUUCAUGUCCUUCAGUGCUUGGAAGAGAUGUAUGGUGAUAAAUGGACUUCUCUUAUUAUCAUAAUAAUUCAUUCUGAUGAAUGGAAGAAGAAAGUUAGUGAAUCAUAUGCUAUAAUCUUAGAAAGAUUAGAAGAUGACCUGCAGAUCAAAGAAAAGGAGUUCACAGAACUGAAACACGUCUUUAGCUCCGAUGAAGCCUUCAGCAAAGUCAAUUUAAAUUACCGCACAGAAAAUGGGCUCUCUCUUCUUCAUUUAUGUUGUAUUUGCGGUGGUAACAAAUCCCAUAUUAGAACUCUUAUGCUAAAAGGCUUGCGUCCAUCCAGGUUAACAAGAAAUGGAUUUACAGCUCUGCAUUUGGCAGCUUACAAGGACAGUGCAGAACUUGUGACAGCCCUGCUGCAUGGUGGAGCUGACAUUCAGCAAGUUGGAUACGGAGCUCUUACGGCGCUUCAUAUUGCUACAAUAGCUGGUCAUCAUGAGGCUGUGGAUAUACUUUUGCAGCAUGGAGCUUAUGUCAAUGUCCAAGAUGCAGUGUUCUUCACCCCAUUACACAUUGCCGCAUACUAUGGCCAUGAACAGGUUACCCACCUCUUGCUGAAGUUUGGUGCUGAUGUGAAUGUGAGUGGGGAAGUUGGAGACAGGCCCCUCCACUUAGCUUCUGCCAAAGGGUUUCUUAAUAUUGCAAAACUCUUGAUGGAAGAGGGCAGCAAGGCAGAUGUGAAUGCUCAGGACAAUGAAGACCAUGUUCCUCUACACUUCUGUUCUCGAUUUGGACAUCAUGAAAUAGUGAAGUUCCUACUCCAAAGCAAUUUUGAAGUUCAGCCCCAUGUGGCCAAUAUUUAUGGAGACACACCUUUACACCUUGCUUGUUACAAUGGAAAGUUUGAAGUUGUCAAGGAAAUAAUCCAGCUGUCAGGAACAGAAAGUCUGACUAAGGAAAAUAUAUUCAGUGAAACAGCUUUUCACAGUGCCUGUACCUAUGGCAAGAACAUAGAACUAGUAAAAUUUCUGCUUGACCAGAAUGUUUUAAGCAUCAAUCAUCAAGGAAGAGAUGGGCAUACAGGAUUACACUGUGCUUGCUACCAUGGUCACAUUCGUCUAGUACAGUUUUUACUGGAUAAUGGAGCUGAUAUGAAUCUGGUAGCCUGUGAUCCCAGCAGGUCUAGUGGAGAAAAAGAUGAGCAGACCUGUUUGAUGUGGGCUUAUGAGAAAGGACACGAUGCCAUUGUUACCCUUCUGAAGCAUUAUAAAAGACCCCAGGAUGACUCACCCUGUAAUGAAUACUCCCAACCUGGAGGAGAUGGUUCUUACGUCUCUGUUCCAUCCCCUCUAGGGAAGAUUAAAAGCAUGACAAAAGAAAAGGCAGAUGUUCUCCUCCUCCGUGCUGGUUUGCCAUCACAUUUCCAUCUUCAGCUCUCUGAAAUUGAGUUCCAUGAGAUUAUUGGCUCAGGGUCUUUUGGAAAAGUGUAUAAGGGAAAAUGCAGAAAUAAAAUCGUAGCAAUCAAACGCUACAGAGCCAACACCUACUGUUCCAAAUCAGAUGUGGACAUGUUUUGCCGUGAAGUUUCUAUCCUCUGUCGACUCAAUCAUCCUUGCGUCAUCCAGUUUGUUGGCGCUUGCUUAGAUGAUCCAAGUCAAUUUGCUAUAGUCACUCAAUAUAUUUCUGGAGGAUCACUGUUUUCUCUGCUGCAUGAACAGAAGAGGAAUCUCGACUUGCAGUCUAAAUUAAUCAUUGCUGUUGAUGUUGCCAAAGGUAUGGAGUAUCUUCAUAAUCUUACACAGCCAAUCAUACAUCGGGACUUGAACAGCCACAAUAUUCUUCUCUAUGAAGAUGGCCAUGCUGUUGUUGCUGAUUUUGGAGAAUCUAGAUUUCUGCAGUCCCUGGAUGAAGACAACAUGACAAAACAACCUGGGAACCUACGCUGGAUGGCCCCUGAGGUAUUCACUCAGUGUACUCGAUACACUAUAAAAGCUGAUGUUUUCAGCUACGCUUUGUGUCUCUGGGAACUGUUAACAGGUGAAAUUCCAUUUGCUCACCUCAAACCAGCUGCAGCAGCAGCAGAUAUGGCCUAUCAUCACAUCCGGCCUCCAAUAGGGUAUUCAAUUCCCAAGCCCAUAUCAUCACUGUUAAUGAGAGGCUGGAACGCAUGUCCUGAGGGAAGACCAGAAUUUUCUGAAGUAGUCACAAAAUUAGAAGAAUGCCUGUGCAAUAUUGAGUUGAUGUCUCCAGCUUCCAGCAACAGCAGUGGCUCUUUGUCUCCUUCCUCUUCUUCUGACUGUCUCAUUGCACGAGGAGGUCCUGGCCGUAGCCAUGUUGCAGCUUUACGUAGCCGGUUUGAGCUGGAAUACGCCUUGAAUGCAAGAGCUUAUGCUGUUUGGUCACAAAGCACUGGUCAACACCCUUCUCAAGGCCUCUCCUUGGAUGACAUGAGGAGGAAUUUCCAGUACCCACCUAUUGACAGAAAUGGUUACGUGUCUGAUCCCAUGAGUUCUAUGCGAUUUCAUUCCUGCAGUAAUAGUGGCAGCUUUGAAGACAGCAGCUGACAGCAUGAACCAUCUACCUGGAGAGAGAUUCCCCAUAAACUGACAGCAGCAAUUCUUACUGUGUCAGCGUAGCUCCCAGUCAUCAUACAUUACACCAAAGAUGCCUAAUUGGCUUGUUUAUUUACUGAUGGUGAACAUUUCUAUCAUAAAUUAUGCUGUAACCUAUUUUUCCUGCCAGCCUGCUUAGGGUUUUCUGGUGGUGCACCUUUGUUUUUCCUUAAUAAAAGCAAAUGUCCACAAGGAAUGCUGCACCUUAAACUUGAACAUUAAUAAUCUGAGAAAAGAGAUUAAAGCAAAAAUAAGUCUGUUCAAGUUACAGAGGUCUAAGGCAAGUUGUUUUACUUUGGACUGCAGUAAGGCUUGUGCAGAUAUCACAAACUUCCCGACUGAGACAAACAAAGUAGCAACAAAGCCAGCCUGAAUCACAGGAAAGGAUCAACUCAUAAUUCCUGCAGCCACAGCAGGACACAGCACAGCCAAUGUUGUGCCAGCUUCCUAACAUUUUCCUCAUUUUCUUUUAGGGUUUGUCUGUGUUUUGAAACUUCCAGUUCUCCAAUUCCUUAUGUUGCACAGCUGUAGUUCUCCAGGCCCUCAAUCCUGUAGUUCUUCUCAAUCCCGGGUCCUGGAUGCUUUAACCCCUCUGUAUGAAAAUUAAGAAAUCCUUAGCUGACUGUCCUAAUUGGCUCCUGAACAGAUUUUUUGUCAUAUCUGCUUUUUACUUCAGGUUGUGUGCCUUACAUCCUCAAAUUACAUAGAAAAUGCUCUCUAGUCCCCUUAUGCGUAUGUUAAAAAAAAUUAACCAGCUAGAGAGAGAUAAGAAACUAAACCCCAACCCAUCUAAGUUUAAUGUAGCCAUAUAAAAUUUUUGUGUCACAAACGUAAUAACCUUGCAGCAAGAUAAAAGGUUACAUUUUCACUCAUCCAAAGCAAAACUACUCUGCAGUGCCAUCUAGUGAUUCUAGGAUACACACAUUAGUAUUGGGUUCCAGCGUUUUCACAGCAAGUGUUUCAAUCUAUGACAAAAUUUGAAUUACCGGAAACCCAUUUUUAUUCCACACGUACACACUAAAAAAGAAAGAAAAAGAACUUGAACUAUUGUUUUGGGAGCUAAUGCAAGGUUAAAAUCCUUUAGUAACUAUUUAAUAUUGUUUGGAAAAUAAAAUUUAGCAGACAGAUUCUGUUGCUAUAAUAUUUUUUUCUUAGCUGCAUUACAGUAUAUAACUGUCAGGCUGAAUAGAAACUCAUAUUCAAGAUUUGUGGCUUUCUGAGAAUAUUCUGUAGGUUUGUUUCUCAUGACUGGUGUUUGAUUUUGAGCUCUGUGAUUAGGCAUUGUAAGUGCUAUAGCAUUUGGUCUAUAAAUGUGUAAUACAUUUUAUUGACUCGAGUCUUCUCUGCAUGUUGUUAGUUUCAGGAUCCUGUAGCAAUA